GAGACCUGCAAACCUGCAUGUCCUAAAAUCUCCACGUCUCCCACCUUUACGCCCUGGUCAAGGCCCGAAGGCCCCAUCGUGGGACCAUUUGAGGGACGAAUGUUCCUGGUGGUCUUUGACGCACACUCAAAAUGGUUGAUGUGAUGGAUUCUACAAUAUCAUUCAAGAUGGUUCAAGUUCUGCGUGGUCUAUUCAGUCUCUACAGUGUGCCUGAGAUUUUAGGGUCGCUGAGAUGGCGUCGGUCCGAAUCGCUCGUCCUCUUCAUCUGAUCUUUUUGCUCAUGAUUAAUGAUGUUUUCGGUGAUUAUUGGGGUGUCAGAUACAGUCCUUCACACAUCUGUGCUCUAAAACACUCAUCAGUGAUAAUGAGAUGCACUUAUACAUACCCUUCUGGAUAUAAGAUCGAGAAAGCGUUCUGGUUCAAAAACCCUGUAAAGGAUGAAGAGCCUCCAGAUCUGUCUGAGGACCCUGAAUACAGUCAGAGGUUUCAGUAUCUGGGAGAUAAACAGAAGAGCUGCACCAUGAGACUGAGUCAUGUGACACAGAAAGAUGAACACAAGUACUAUUUCAGAUUCAUCACUGAUAAACCUGAUGGAAAAUGGACUGGUGAACCAGGAGUGACUCUUACUGUUUUAGAUCUUCAGGUGGAGUCUCCUGAGAGAGUGACAGAGGGAGAUUCAGUCCGUCUGACAUGUAAAAGCAGCUGCGCUCUGACUGACAGAGCAACAUUCAUCUGGUACAGAAACUCACAGCCAUUAACUGAGAGAAGAGACAGAAACAAUAUACUCCUGCUGCAGUCAGUCAGAAGAGAGGAUGCAGGCAGAUAUAGCUGUGCUCUACAGGAACACACUUACAUCUCUCCUGAGGUUCAUCUCAAUGUCAUGUACCCACCCAGGAACGUCUCAGUGUCCAUCAGUCCAUCUGAAUUAGUGGAGGGAGAUUCAGUGACUCUGAUCUGCAGCAGUGAUUCAAACCCACCUGCAGAAAUCAGCUGGAUUAAAAGAGGAAAGAUUAUAGGAUCUGGAAGAAUCUACAACAUCUCAAAGAUCAGAUCUGAUCACAGUGAAGAAUACAAGUGCAAGUCCAGAAAUGAACAUGGAGAGAAAUACUCUGAAGCUGUGACUUUAAAUGUCAUGUACCCACCCAGGAAUGUCUCAGUGUUCAUGAAUGGAUCUGGUGAAAUAGUGGAGGGAGAUUCAGUGACUCUGAUCUGCAGCAGUGAUUCAAACCCACCUGCAGAAAUCAGCUGGAUUAAAGGAGGAACAACUGUAGGAUCUGGAAGAAUCUACAACAUCUCAAAGAUCAGAUCUGCACAGAGAGAAUACAAGUGCAAGUCCAGAAAUAAACAUGGAGAGAAAUACUCUGAAGCUGUGACUUUAAACAUCAUGUACCUACCCAGGAACGUCUCAGUGUUCAUGAAUGGAUCUGGUGAAAUAGUGGAGGGAGAUUCAGUGACUCUGAUCUGCAGCAGUGAUUCAAACCCACCUGCUCUGAACUUCUUCUGGUUUAAGGAGAAUCAAAGCUCAUCUGUUGGAUCUGGACAGAGUUUCAGUGCACUACAGAGUGGACGCUUCUACUGUGAGGCUCACAAUCAACACGGAUCUCAGAGAUCAGAUGCUGUUUCUGUCACUGUACAUGGAAGGAAGUUUCUGUAUGCGGUUGCUGGAGUCACUGGAGGACUGGGAUGUUUAAUCUUUAUUACCAUCAUUGCGUUGCUCGUGAGGAAAAAACUGAGACCUAAUAACGUCGCACAAAAUCAGGAUGACCUUUAUGUGAAUGUAGCAGCUCACGGUGGCUCUCCGUCUAAAUCUGAUGCCGUGAAUCAAAACGAUGCCCUGUAUUCCUUAAUUACUCUCAGCAAUUUUUCUGACGAUACAGAAGAAAUCCAGUAUGCCACCGUCCUGCAUCACAAAGAGGUCAACCAACCGGAAAAGAGCGAAAGCCACUAUGAUAACAUUGGACAAUACCAGACUGAUGCUUCCCGGAGAUCUACUGAUCGGAUGGUGGAGGAUCAAGCAGUGAUAUACAGCACACUCAAAUGAUCAACGGAUCGUGUUGAAAUGAAUGAUCUUCAUGUUGGCUUCGCCCAGGUGUGGUGGGAACGUGCUGAAGUGUCAUGUAUUCCUUCUAGUUUUACCUAAGAGUAUUUUUUUUUCACCGGCCCUCUGAUUCAAGUGUUGCUGAGCUCUUCAUGCGGUUUGCAUGAAAUAUGGAGACCCUCCUGACAAAAUAUGGGUUCAAUUUUAAUCUACAUUAUUUUGGUUAAUUGGGUUUGUAUGAAAUUUGCCAUGUUUUGUCUAGAGCAACUUCUGGCAACAACUUGUCAAGAGAAGUAGGCGGAAAUUUUCAUGAUUUCAUCAUUUCCAUGAGCUGCCUGCUGUGAGCAGUAUAUGCAAUAUCUUGUUAUAUUUAACCUGAUUGAGUCAAUAAGGAUGUCUUUCAAACCGCACAAAUCCCUGCAGACGUAUUUCUGUUUAAAUGAUGCAUAUGACUUGUGGUUUUUCCAUUGUUGCUUGGAAUAAAUUGUAAUUUCAGAACUUUCAGGCCUAUCUCUGUCAUUCAAGUAUAUAAAUAGCACUGGUGUUGGUGGGUUGGUUGGUACUUCGUGUAAAUGCAUUGAAUAACUGGCUAAUAAUAUGUUUUAUAGCUAAACGUCUUGAUUGAUUUUAUAUAUAGAUAUUGCACAUACAUGUAUACGUGCCACUAGAAACACCCUCACAGCCACUGUUGUAUUUUUUUACUAUUAUUUAUGUCACUGCAAUUAAUCACUAGAAGCUAAAAGAAGGGGAAAUGACGUGGGAAUGACAUCAUUCUGGUUAUAAACCUUCCUUAUUUUUCUUCAUGUCUCAUUUGGUGUAAACUGAUGAGCUGUCCUCUGCUACGGUAUGACCAGUUCUGUAUCAUGUUUUGAUGUUUUGAACUAUUUUAAUUGCUAGUAAAUUGUUUUAACGUUAUUAUUAAUUAUUAUAACAAAUAAUUACAAUUACAGUUUUCAGGCAGAAUGGCUGGAAUGUCUAUUUUUGUUCAUCUCAACCGUAUUGGGAUUCCUGUGUUGCAGGUAGCAGUCAGAAUGGCUCUUCUUUUCUUCAUUUUUUCUGUCAUGAUUUUCGGUGAGUUUCUGAAGCUUCUCAAUGGUCUUGUUCAGACUGUCCAGUCGCACGUGGUUUCGAGUCUUGUUCAAACUGCAUUUCUGGAGAUGAGUUUCAGUCUAAACACUCAAAUUGGAACGUUUACUGGCAAUAUUCACUUUGUUCAUGCAAAAUGUACAUUUGUUAUUACAUUUUAUUGCCUCUCUGUGCCCACAUACUGUAUUUAGAUGCAGCUAAAUUGUCAAUAAAAUGGUUUUCUUUCAUAUAUUUUACUGUUACUGUUGUCAGACAGUGGACUGUAUCUAUUUAUGUAUCUGAUUCCAUCUUAUACACACCCUCCAAUCUCGCAGGAACCCAAGUACGUCUUUUCAUUGUCUCCUCUGUGACUUUACUCUCCACAGCCGUGAUGAUUUCAUACUGACUUUCAGUAGGUUCAUGGCUUGUACUGCCCUUCUGCCCAGUACUGGCGCUGCAGACCCUUCAUCAACGACCAUGAACUCCACUCUGGACAAUUUCUUGUUUCUAGGGUUCCGCAGUUUGACUUUGCAUUUUUCCAGUGACUGUAGUGUGCUUUUAUUGUAUAUCACCAGCACUUUCUCUGUCUUUUCAAUGUGUUUGGAUGGGUUUAACAGGUUGACAGGUAUUAUAUUACAGCUAGCUCUGCAAUCUAACUGUAACUUCACCUGUUCUUUUCUUAGGAGCAUGGCAGCAAAAGGUUUUGGGGCGGUUUCUGUUUAUCCUCUGACAUUGCGUUCACCAUCUUUACUGUUAAACCACAAACUUCGCAACACUGCUACUCAACAAAAGAGAUUCAAAGAUCUUGAGUAAAUAUGUUAGUAACUGGUGCUAAUCUUUUCUUUGGAUGAAUUCUCUGUUUCAGGGUUUCUAGUGAUAGUGAUUUUAAAGUGGACUACUGUUAUUCACGCAUUUGUGCACUAAUGAACUCAUCAGUGACAAUAAGAUGCAAUUAUGAAUACCCUCCUGGACAUCAGAUCAAGAAAGUGUUCUGGACCAAA